AUGCUUUGCAACGGAAAAGCACGACUGAGUAGGUACACAGGAUCAAUGCAAUCAGCAAGAAAGCCUGAGAGAAAAGUUAAAGUUUUUGUUGAUGACAAACAGGAUCGAAGGAACUCUUUUAUUUUGUCCACGGUGAGAAUCAUCGUCGGAGGAUCUCUUGCCGUCCUUUUCAUCGUCAAAGACUUAGCUUGCGUUAUAUUGUUUGGAGUCGUGCGACUCCUGGGUGAAACUCUACGAUGGUUUGUCAACUUUAUUAUUCGAUUCACAGAGGAAAUAUUAAUAACGAUUGUGAGGGUAACAAUGCGUAGUGCUGAAGAAUUAUUUAACCUUUUAUUUGGUGUUAUUCUUCAGAUCAUAAACAAUGGAGGUAGAGUGCUAGUUCGUGGAUUGCAGCAAAUCAUUGGAGUUGUAGGUUACUUGUUCAUUAUCGCCAGCUUUGCGGUGGCCUAUCUUUUUCAUCGGAUAAUUUCUUUUUUAUUUUCUGAAAGGUAAAAUUCGGUCGUAACUAACUGUUGUUUAUGCACUGCGUAUUAAGUUGAUCAAAUUUCAUAAAUAUUUUACCUGUAAUUUGCAUAUCAGUACUUUUGUCACGCCAUCAAUAGAUCGGUUUCUGUUCCUCGUAUUUGGUUAGAAGUUUAGUUUGUGUCUUCUGAUACAAAGCUACUACUGACUUUCUGAGGAAGAAAACAAAGCUUUGGAAACAACGUUAUCUUCUAAAUUAUUCAAAACAAGGAACCAACCGAUACGUUUAAGAACUGUUAAAAUGAAGUUGCCGUCGAAAUUGGAAGCGUGCACUGCACUCGCUUUAGAUUCGGCGACUUCGUUGUGCGGGGUGCUGCAGAGCUUGAAGAGAAACUGAAGUAUCAAAAUACGCCUCAGAACUAAGGAGAGACUUCGUAUACAUAUAAAGGGAGAAUUUAUUUGCUACAAGCUAACAUGGCGCCAAAGAAAUCGAAAGAGUCACAAGAAAGUCCGACAACUCAUUUACAAUUAUCACGCGUCAUCUUUCGAAUCAUUUCUCACAUGAUCUGCAAUUUCUAUCUACUCGUAGUGCAGUACACUGGAAAAGCAAUGCAUACUAUACUACAGGUGUUAUUUGAGACGAUUCGCGAUGUUAUCAAGAUUAUACUGAUGUUAGUUGCCCGCGUGUUCUCUGAUAUCUGCUACGGUGCGGCCCAUAUCGUAGAAAAGAUAAUUGAAGCUGUGCUAUAUAUUGUUCUUCAACUCAUUCUGAUAGCAGGGAGUUUGAUUAAUCGAACAGUGAGAGGAUUUGUGGAUCAGGCGGGAUAUAGUAUUUCGUCAACCGUGUUUAUUGUUCUCACCGUCCUAAUUUGGUGGGUUGUUCUUCCCGCGCUAGUAAACUUUGGUCACGCAGUCUUGCAGUCAAUUAAUGAAUUCGUCACGCAAUUACUAUGA